CCACCCUGCGCCUUUUCUUCCCAUCCGCCGUCCCUUGCUUCGACAUUCAACAGCCUUAGGUUUCUUCCCUUACGACCCUCGCCUUUCUAUCGCAUCUAUUCACCGCAUCUGGCUGCCAGGCGCUGCCAGAGCACGCUGCACAAGCUCGAUUAGUGAACAUCAGCAGUGCGGCUUCCUGCGUCGCUUUGAUUGCAUGACCAGCACCCUUCGACAGAGGAGAACUCUCUAGCAUCUGGGCCACAGGAGGCUUCUGCAUUUGGGAUACUUGCGGCAUGGCCGAAGAGGCAUUGAACUCUUUUACGUCGUUAUUGGAGAAUGUUCCAGGCUGGAUAGCGGACCUGGAGAGCAUAUUGGAGGCUGCCAAAGGGCGGCAGCAGGAGCUCACUCUCGCGAACAAGCCCACGUCGCCCACCGUAGCAUUCCCACGGAAGGCCGUUCAAUCACCUUCGCGCAAGUCAACUCAACCGGACGAGGUUACUGGAUCAUCUGCACAAUCGGCGACAGCUCUGAAGCACCUGACGAACUCAGAAGCUUUGAGGAUAUCCCAACUGAAGCGCAAGACGGCAUCUGUCGCCUCGGACGAUCAAUCUAGUCGUUGCAAGCCUCGUGUCACGGCCUCAGCUGUAGUCUACUACGAUGGCGAAACUCAGAAACAGUUCGAGCAGUUGGUGCGUGCCAUCGGCACUUCGAGGAACGCUAUCCGUAAGGGGAAGAUGAGUGCAAAGGUUGACGCGCUGAGUCGCUCGGAUUCUGUUAGCAGUUCUUCGAGCUGCAGCAGCAGUAGUGGUGGAGAAGAUGUCGACAUAAACAAAUUCGCUCCGCCCUCGAAGUACAGAACUCGUCGAUCGCGGCCAGCCUUCGGCAGGAACGAUGGCUCCGAGGCCUUCGACAGAGUUGAUGGGCGCUUGGAAAAAGCACAGACGUUGUGUGAGCGCGCAGCACAUCGGGUUUUACGUGAUGGAAGCUGCACACUGGAGGUCACCAAUGCUAAGGAGCACUUCUUAGAGGCGAUGAAGAUGGCUACAGCAGAGCUUCCUGCCAUGAGGAAGAGGGCUGAGAAGUCAGCUGAGCGUCGUCGACGAAGCGCCGAGCAGCAUCGCCUGGAAGAGGCAGCUCAAGCAGCUCUUCGCUCUCCUCGGCCCGAAGAUAUCCACGACGAGAAAAUGGCGGACAUCAUCACCAAGAUUGAGGUCCCCAGUGAUGGAGAUAUCGAGGUGGACGUCCUGGAAGUCGACGAUGACGAUUCAGAUUCAGACUCGGAGGAGUUCAAUAUCAACUCAUUUCAGUUCACCAAAGCCGGAGGACGGUUCGCGCCCCCAAUGCGGACCUCACCACGACUCGCCGUGCUUUAGCACUUGUCGCUAUGUUUAUGUUGUACAUUUUUUUUCUUUUGGAUUUGUGAUUAUAGUGCGUUCAAGCGGUUGUGACACUUUUCAUAAUAGUUGAUAUCUGGGAAGCGAUGGAGUUGGAAACGGCAACGCAGAAAGUUUGCUGGAUUGCGGUAUUUCGUAAAAAUGGACAGAUGAACGGACAGAUGGACAGACGGACAGACAGAUGGACAGACGAUGCGAUGGUAUUGGCGGCACGCUCAUUGCGAUUCUCCUACCCUUUCUCGUGUACAUAGGCGACUACCAAUCUCAUGAUGGUUGCUCAACACUUGCGUCUUGAUCCAUACUCAUUCAUAUUCGCGAUAUGUAUGUCGGGUACCACAAUAGCCACUGGAUGAUAUAUGGACCGAAUUCUCAAAAUCUUU